AUGUUUUGGCUUAUUGAUCAUGUCUCCAAACUACCUGAUGAGGCUCGGUGCCUUUUUGUUGUUGUUCUUUGGACCCUUUGGAGGAGUAGAAAUUAUUUGGUUUUCCAAAAUCUUAAAGAAACCCAUAUGACUGUUUUAGGCAGGGCCAGAGCAAUGCUCUUAACUAGGAAGCCUAACUUAAAUAUCCCUCCCUCUAUUCCUGUUGGCCUAUGUGACAAGUGGAUGCCCCCUUCUUUUGGCUGGAUAAAAUGUAAUACUGAUGGAGAUUAUGAUGUUAUUUCUAGAGUGAAUAGUGAAGGCUAUGUGAUGAGGGACUUCUCAAGCAAAUCUUCUUUUUGUGCAUCCUUAGUUUUUGAAGUAAAUUCUGCCGAAGAAGCUGAAGCCAAAGCUAUUUGGGAAGUUUUGAAGAAAUCUAUGGAGCAGAAAUUCAUUCACAUUAUCAUUAAAAGUGAUGCUAAGGAUCUCAUUGACCAAUUUUCAACAGGCGUGUUUGAUGAAGACUCUAGAACGGAUGCUAUUUUUAAGGAUAUUCAGUUUUUCUCUUCUAGUUUAGUGACUUGUAUUUUUACCUUUCAACCUCGUAUUUGUAAUUAUGUUGCUCAUGAGCUAGCUCAAUGGGCAAAAUCAAACAAUUCCUCUAUGUACUGGUCUGUUCCUCCAAUUUGGCUUCUGCCGACUGUUGAGGGGGAUCAUUAG